GGGAUCCUAGAGGGGCGGGGCCCACCUCAGCGCGCAGGCGCAACCAGGCCCAGGUGGCCGCCGCGGAAGCGAAGCUACCUAUACGCGCCGCGCCGCUUGGGUCUCCUGCGCAUGCGCAGACGGACCUGCGCUGGAGGCUUCAUCUUUGCCGCCGCUGCCGUCGCCUUCCUGGGAUUUGAGUCUCGAGCUUUCUUCGUUCGUUCGCCGGCGGGUUCGCGCCCUUCUCGCGCCUCGGGGCUGCGAGGCUGGGGAAGGGGUUGGAGGGGGCUGUUGAUCGCCGCGUUUAAGUUGCGCUCGGGGCGGCCAUGUCGGCCGGCGAGGUCGAGCGCCUAGUGUCGGAGCUGAGCGGCGGGACCGGAGGGGAUGAGGAGGAAGAGUGGCUCUAUGGCGGCCCAUGGGACGUGCAUGUGCACAGUGAUUUGGCAAAGGACCUAGAUGAAAAUGAAGUUGAAAGGCCAGAAGAAGAAAAUGCCAGUGCUAAUCCUCCAUCUGGAAUUGAAGAUGAAACUGCUGAAAAUGGUGUACCAAAACCGAAAGUGACUGAGACCGAAGAUGAUAGUGAUAGUGACAGCGAUGAUGAUGAAGAUGAUGUUCAUGUCACUAUAGGAGACAUUAAAACGGGAGCACCACAGUAUGGGAGUUAUGGUACAGCACCUGUAAAUCUUAACAUCAAGACAGGGGGAAGAGUUUAUGGAACUACAGGGACAAAAGUCAAAGGAGUAGACCUUGAUGCACCUGGAAGCAUUAAUGGAGUUCCACUCUUAGAGGUAGAUUUGGAUUCUUUUGAAGAUAAACCAUGGCGUAAACCUGGUGCUGAUCUUUCUGAUUAUUUUAAUUAUGGGUUUAAUGAAGAUACCUGGAAAGCUUACUGUGAAAAACAAAAGAGGAUACGAAUGGGACUUGAAGUUAUACCAGUAACCUCUACUACAAAUAAAAUUACGGCCGAAGACUGUACUAUGGAAGUUACACCAGGUGCAGAGAUCCAAGAUGGCAGAUUCAAUCUUUUUAAGGUACAGCAGGGAAGAACUGGAAACUCAGAGAAAGAAACUGCCCUUCCAUCUACAAAAGCUGAGUUUACUUCUCCUCCUUCUUUGUUCAAGACUGGGCUUCCACCGAGCAGAAACAGCACCUCUUCUCAGUCUCAGACAAGUACUGCCUCCAGAAAAGCCAAUUCAAGCGUUGGGAAGUGGCAGGAUCGAUAUGGGAGGGCCGAAUCACCUGAUCUAAGGAGAUUACCUGGGGCAAUUGAUGUUAUCGGUCAGACUAUAACUAUCAGCCGAGUAGAAGGAAGGCGACGGGCAAAUGAGAACAGCAACAUACAGGUCCUUUCUGAAAGAUCUGCUACUGAAGUAGACAACAAUUUUAGCAAACCACCUCCGUUUUUCCCUCCAGGAGCUCCUCCCACUCACCUUCCACCUCCUCCAUUUCUUCCACCUCCUCCGACUGUCAGCACUGCUCCACCUCUGAUUCCACCACCGGGUAUUCCAAUAACUGUACCACCUCCAGGUUUUCCUCCUCCACCAGGCGCUCCACCUCCAUCUCUUAUACCAACAAUAGAAAGUGGACAUUCCUCUGGUUAUGAUAGUCGUUCUGCACGUGCAUUUCCAUAUGGCAAUGUUGCCUUUCCCCAUCUUCCUGGUUCUGCUCCUUCGUGGCCUAGUCUUGUGGACACCAGCAAGCAGUGGGACUAUUAUGCCAGAAGAGAGAAAGACCGAGAUAGAGAGAGAGACAGAGACAGAGAGCGAGACCGUGAUCGGGACAGAGAAAGAGAACGCACCAGAGAGAGAGAGAGGGAGCGUGAUCACAGUCCUACACCAAGUGUUUUCAACAGCGAUGAAGAACGAUACAGAUACAGGGAAUAUGCAGAAAGAGGUUAUGAGCGUCACAGAGCAAGUCGAGAAAAAGAAGAACGACAUAGAGAAAGACGACACAGGGAGAAAGAGGAAACCAGACAUAAGUCUUCUCGAAGUAAUAGUAGACGUCGCCAUGAAAGUGAAGAAGGAGAUAGUCACAGGAGACACAAACACAAAAAAUCUAAAAGAAGCAAAGAAGGAAAAGAAGCGGGCAGUGAGCCUGCCCCUGAACAGGAGAGCACCGAAGCUACACCUGCAGAAUAGGCAUGGUUUUGGCCUUUUGUGUAUAUUAGUACCAGAAGUAGAUACUAUAAAUCUUGUUAUUUUUCUGGAUGAUGUUUAAGAAAUUUACCUUAAAUCUUGUUCUGUUUGUUAGUAUGAAAAGUUAACUUUUUUUCCAAAAUAAAAGAGUGAAUUUUUCAUGUUAAGUUAAAAAUCUUUGUCUUGUAAUAUUUCAAAAAUAAAAAGCAAUGACUUUAUAUCCAAGAAA